AUGCAAACAACAUUCACCUCUGCAAGCUCCAUUUCAAACCAGAAUGCUUUAAUAUUUGUAAGUAUCAUCCUUAUAAAUUCGUGUUCAUGUGGUAUUUGAAUUUUGAAUUAACAUAUUUGGUAUAACAUGUCAAUGCCAUGUAGGACCUCUGCAGCUAUAAUCCUACUCAGAUCAUAUUGUUGUGUUAAAAAUGUAUAUAAUGAUUAAGUUUUUUAUUUAUUUGCUUGUAUAACGUUUAUUUUAGACCCUAAAAGGAAGUGUUCCUAGUGACAAUCUACCGAUGAGAAGGUAUGAUGUUGUGAAACCAGAGCGACAGGUAUUAUUAAGAUGAAAUAAGGGAUCUAUCAGCUAGUGGCAACUCACCAGAAGAAACUCCUAGCCAAGUUGUAAAAACACCAAGCUUGGAAAGUGUUAUUAAGCAGGUGCAAGAUAGUGUUCCUUCCUAGAAAUUUGAUAAUUCUCCUGAUAAUGGUGUUAAACUAGAACUCUAUGAUGAUCUACAUAGCCUGCCUCAAUAUGCUGUGCUAAUUCAUUCCUCUCUGGAAUUUACUGUCGCCAUAUAUAAUUGGCUGAUCAAACAGGAUCAUCCUAUUUAUAAGGAGCUAAAACGUUCAGUGAUGUAUCAUUCCAUGUGUGAACUGGUAAAUAUUAUUGAAGAGUCCUCAUCGUGUCAGGGUUUACCAGAUAUUGAUGCGUUGUCAGUUGUUGUAGAUCCUACUUCAAAAGUAACAACAUCUGGUACUAUUUUAUGCCACUCUAUUCCCAAAUCCCUAACAUCUGAGCAGACCCACAUUGAUACCUCGACUGUACUACAGUCAGUGGACUGUGAAUUAAUUGGUACAUCUUUAGAGGAACAGCAGUGCAAAUCAUCACUUGCAGCAUGGGGGCCUGCAAGGAACCACUUGCAGCAUGUCGGCCUGCAAAACUUUGGGCAACUGUAAUUAAGUGACCGGCUGCAUUGUAAGCAGUUUGAAGAGAGACUUCAAACACUUGAAAAGAAAAUUGAAGCUGAUGGUAUACAUAUUGAUGAAGCAGUAGAUAAGGAUAUCCUGCAAAUUAUGAGUGGCCAAAACCUGGAUGCUACUCCACAUAUCAACUUUUUCUGGGAGCAACAAGUUAAACUUCUAAAAUCAAACAAGCUUGGAAGAAGAUAUCAUCCACCAGUUAUUCGAUUUGCCCUGUCCUUAAAUGCCAAGUCUGCUCUGGCCUUCCUUGCUCAAGGACUGUGUACUGAUAUGAAACAUAUUGUACGUUUGAUACUAUUUCACAGGUAAAUAAUUGUUGGGUUAAAAGGGUUAAAAAAGUAGGGGUGCUUAUCAUUUUUACUUGACAUAGUCACAGAAAGCCUGGCAGUAGCUUCAGGAUUUUCAUGCUUGUUUGUAAUGUAGAUUUCAUCUUUGAAUUUUGUGAGCAUAGCUUUUGCAACCGAUAUUUGCAUGUUUACCAAUAUUACAUGGGAAAGUAAUUGUUUCUUAUUAUUUCAAAUAUUUUAAUUAAAUCAAAAUAUUAUAAAUACCUUCAUUAUUUAUAAAUACCUUCAUAAAUAUCUCCUAUUAUUUUAACGUUGAAGAGGCCUGAACCUUAUUUGAAAAAUACCUGUUAUUCAGCUGGAUUACUUUUCACUUUCCACCGUAUUCAGUGUCCAGCUGGAUAGCAAAAAACUCUAUGCGGUGCACAACUACAUGCAACCACAUCAGCUCUUAUGUACUGUAAUUUUAUUACAGGAAGUUUGACAUUGUAUCAAUUGAUGCCAAUUUUCUGGAAAAUUUUUUCUGUUCUGGAAGUUUCUUUGGAUCUGAAGGUUGUUGCAGCAGUCGAUGA